AUGAAAAGCUAUGUUCUUCAAAAGGAACUUAAACUACAGGAGGAGAAGAUGGAAAACUGUUACAUGAAACAUGAAGAGCAAAUGGACCUGAAACAGCAUUUACUGCACAAUUCUGAGGAUAUCAGAAAAGAGGUUCGCAUUAUCAAAAACAAACAUGCUGAGGAAAUCAAAAGAGACUCCGAAUUUCAAAAGCAGCUAGAAGAUCUAGCGUUUGAAGUUGUCCAACUGACGUCUUUACAGAUGGAAACAUUCUCAGAUGCUAAAAAUCUGAAGCGAGUUGUUGAGAAAACUAGCAGAGAUAAGCAACAACUUGAACUCAAAAAGUUGAGACAGGAUCUUUUAUUAUCAAGGCUUGAAAAUGAGAGAUAUAACUUGGAAGAUAAAAUUCAUCUUUAUAAAAGACAGUGGGCUAUUAAAAGAGAAGAAAUUAAUGACCUGAGGAAAGAAUUAAAUUCUGCAAAUAUGGAAAUGCAGACAAUUCAUUUUGAGAAGCAGCAAAUUGUCACUCAAUGGAAGCAAAGUUUGUCAUCAUUAGAAAAGCAAGAUCGAAUCCUGUCUGAAAUCCGAUCAUCUACAAAUUCAUAUGAAGAUGCUAUUCAGAACUUGCGCAUGGAGAUUUUAGCUCAGAAGAAAGCUGUGCGAAAAGAACUGGAAAGAAACGAAUCCCUUACUAGCCAAUUACAGUUCCGAGAUUCGGAUAUUGCACGCAACCACAAAAAUCUUUCUAUUUCAGAAGAUCGUGCGAGUCAUUUGGAAGAAAGUUUAUCUGUUGUAGAAAAAAUAGUUGAAAUUACAGAAAAUGAGUUGAAUUUUUUAAAUGAUAAAAAGAUGGUGCAAGAAAAAGAACUUCAAAACAAAGAAGAGACUUUUGUAAAGGCCUGUCAGAUGCAGAAACAUCUGGAGAAAAUGCAUAUGGAUAUGAUACAUGAUAAAAUAGUCUUGACAAAAACAUCAAGGAAUACAGAAAAGCUCAUUGGUGAUGUUAGAAAAUCUAUGCUUAUGCUUGAGCAAAAAGGUUCGAAGAUGGAGGAUGAGAAAGAAAAAUUGUUUCUAAAAAGGGGAGAUCUUUCCACUCAUCUCAGUAGCUUGAAAGAUGCAUUAAGUGAACUGCAAAAAGAAACAAAAGAAAAAUACUCAGUAUUAAUCAAGAGUGAAGCAGUUUUACUGAAAACAAGAGAGACGAUAGAUUCGAAACAUGUAGAAUGUAAAGCACUUGAAAAUGAGUUGAAGGAAUUGAUAGAAAUAGCAGGAGGUCAAGAACGUGCUCCGUUUGAGAGAGAAAUAGCUCAUUUAAGAAAAGAAAUUAAUCUCAGUGAUCAGGGGAAAAGAGAAAUGGAAGCAGAAUAUAUUCAUUUCCAGCGAGAGCUGUUUUCAAUAUUUAAGCAAAAUGCUGUGAUGCAUGAGGAAAAUGAGAUGCAUAGAAAGAAGAAGCUUGUUAUGGAAGGGAAAAAACUGCAGUUGGAAGCUGACAUUGUGAAAGAAGAGAAAUACAUCAAAGAAGUUGAAAAGAAAAAGCAUUCUGUGGAAAGAGAGUUAGUUAACAUUAACAAGUUCCUGCAUGAGAAGAAGAAAUUUGAAGAGGCCUUACAACAAUCGACUGAUUUAUCAAGAUAUGAUUUUUUUAAAAAAUUGAAAGAAACAGAAAUGUAUUACCUUCAAAGACAAAGUGAACUUGGCUAUUUACAGAAAAAGAAACGGAAACACUUCCGUCGACUAAUAGAUCUACAAGCUGAAAUAGUUUAUUGGGAAGGUAAAAUCCAUUUAGCAGAAGAUACAAAAAAAGUUUUGGAGUCAAAAACAAAUCUUGAAGACCUCUCAAAUUUAAGGAGUGAAAUUCGACGUUUUAAUGUAAAAUUGGAACAAAUCAAAAAAGAGCAAGAAAGUUUAGUGAAACAAAUGAGUAGAGCUGUGUACAGACACACCGCUUUGUUUGUCGAAGCCGAUAAGCAAGCACUGUUUGGGAAGAGAAAAAAAACUUCUGACUAUGUACUGAGCAGGACGAAAUCGAACUUGAAGAAAUUGCAUGAGAAUAAAAAAUUGCUUGAAGACUUUAGAAAAGAAAGUGAAUCUUUAAGUGCUACAGAAACUAACUUGAAUGAUUCUAUUGAUGCUGAGAAUCAAAUUAUUUUAGAUUUUAUGGACAAAAUAAAAUCUUAUGAAAAUAACACAGACACAAAACAACAAGAAAAAAGACAGGUCCUGCUGCAGCUUUCGUUUAAACAGAAGAAAACGAAGCUUUUACAAAAAGUCCUUGAUAACACUUUUGUCAGAGCAGUGCGGAAUGAAACACAGAGAACUAUUGAAGUUCAAAAAGUACAAAAUGCAUUGCAUGCUCUUCAAGUUAUUUCUCAAGCAGCCGUAAAGGAAUGUCCCACGUUAACCAAAGAACUUAGCAAAAUCAUUGACUAUGUUUUUGUUUCCAAAUAUAUUUGA